AUGUCUGUCCCACAGAUCCCGCAAAUAUCAUACGCGUCGACGAGCGUAGACCUGAGCGAUAAGAGCCGGUUCGGGUACUUCAGUCGCACCGUCCCGCCCGACAAUUUCCAGGCCCAGGCUAUGGUCGACAUAAUCAAACUGUUCAACUGGACGUACGUGUCGACCAUCGCCUCAGAGGGCGAUUACGGCGAGAAAGGCAUCGAGCACUUCAAGAUCCUGGCCUCCAGGGACGGCAUCUGUAUCGCGGAAUCAGCGAAAAUCUCGCGAAAUGCAAAGCAUUCAGACUUCUUGCGGAUCAUUGAGCAGCUGUCGAGUAAAGGCAACGCCAGAGUAAUCGUCCUCUUCGUCGACGAAGACAAUUGUCGGCGACUGUUGUCCGCCUCCCGAGAGAUGGGCAAAGAGGGCUACUUUCUAUGGCUCGGCAGCGACUCCUGGGGCCGAAAGAUACAUCCCGUCAGAGGUCAAGAAGAGUCUGCGGGCGGAGCCAUCACUAUAUUACCCAAACGAAAGCCCCUCAAAGGUUUUGAUGCCUACUUCAAGCGACUCAAGCCCUCGACAAACAUACGGAAUCCAUGGUUCAUCCCUUUCUGGGAACAACACUUCAACUGUACGUUUGCUUUGCAUUCGAGACGAAGUGAGUUUGAUAUGAGGAGAUCCAAGCGCUGCACAGGUGAGGAGAAAAUAUGGAAAUAUGAGCAAGAAGGUUUAGUGCCCUUCGUGGUGGACGCAGUCUAUGCCAUGGCUCACGCCAUACAUAACCUACUGAAAGACCGGUGCGGACGGGACGGCAAUAAGAUGUGUCACCCGAAAGAGUUCAUCAAAGGCUCCGAUUUACUCCGACAUAUUCGUAGCGUUUCCUUCAAA